CCCGAGAGGCAGCCGUUGUUUAUCACGACCUCAACUCAGUGAGGCCUGAGAUUCUUUCGAAAAGGAGUUUUGCUUCCCAUGACGCAGAGGGAAGUGUCAAUUGGGAUAUUUCUGGUAAAACUGAAAGCAAGAAAAGCAGGGUGCCAGCCCCUGUGGGACUGAGGGUGGAGGCUGGGGGAGUUUGGUUGCCAUCCUCCAGUGACAGAUGGAUGGACCUUUCAUCUAAGAGAAAGGAGGAGACACGUUGGCAAAUCAAUCUCAAGCCUAAGAUUGCUUGUGAAGCAAUCAUAAGGAGGAACAAAAACAGACACAAAAACAGAGGGAAAGAGCGAAAAGACAAGAAGGGCGCAAACUGUGACAGACUCACCGCUUCACUAACUACUCACUUAAACUGGAAGCAAAAUGUCCCUAAAAUUGCCAAGGAACUGGGAUUUCAACCUGAAAGUGGAGGCUGCGAAAAUAGAACUUGCCUUAUCUGUGGAAACAUUUGAAGGUCAGGAGGAGCUCGGUCAAGGAGUGUGAUGACUGGCGAGCAGAUGGCGGCCUUCCAUCCAUCGUCCACCCCCAACCCGCUGGAGAGGCCCAUCAAGAUGGGCUGGCUGAAGAAGCAGAGGUCCAUCGUGAAGAACUGGCAGCAGAGGUACUUUGUGCUGAGGGCACAGCAGCUCUACUACUACAAGGAUGAAGAGGACACGAAGCCCCAGGGCUGCAUGCAUCUACCAGGAAGUACAAUCAAGGAGAUCGCCACAAACCCAGAAGAAGCUGGGAAGUUUGUCUUUGAAAUCAUUCCAGCCUCAUGGGACCAGAAUCGCAUGGGACAGGACUCCUAUGUCCUCAUGGCCAGCUCCCAGGCAGAGAUGGAGGAGUGGGUUAAAUUCCUCAGGAGAGUUGCUGGCACACCCUGUGGAGCGGUGUUUGGCCAGCGCUUGGAUGAGACUGUGGCCUAUGAACAGAAAUUCGGCCCCCAUCUGGUGCCCAUCCUGGUGGAGAAAUGUGCAGAGUUCAUCCUGGAGCAUGGCCGGAAUGAAGAGGGCAUCUUCCGUCUGCCUGGGCAGGACAACCUGGUGAAGCAGCUGAGAGAUGCCUUUGAUGCUGGGGAGCGGCCCUCCUUUGACAGAGACACAGAUGUGCACACUGUGGCUUCCCUGCUAAAGCUCUACCUACGAGACCUCCCAGAGCCCGUGGUUCCCUGGAGCCAGUACGAAGGGUUCCUGCUCUGUGGACAGCUCACGAAUGCGGACGAGGCAAAGGCUCAGCAGGAGUUGAUGAAGCAGCUCUCCAUCCUUCCUCGUGACAACUAUAGUCUCCUGAGCUACAUCUGCAGGUUCCUACAUGAAAUACAGCUGAACUGUGCUGUUAACAAGAUGAGCGUGGACAACCUGGCUACUGUGAUUGGUGUGAAUCUCAUCAGGUCGAAGGUCGAAGACCCUGCCGUGAUCAUGAGAGGGACUCCUCAGAUCCAAAGAGUGAUGACUAUGAUGAUCAGAGACCAUGAAGUCCUCUUCCCCAAGUCCAAGGAUAUACCCCUAUCACCCCCUGCCCAGAAAAACGACCCCAAGAAAGCUCCAGUGGCCCGAAGCUCUGUGGGCUGGGAUGCCACUGAAGACCUCCGAAUUUCUAGGACAGACAGCUUCAAUAGCAUGACAAGUGACUCUGAUACAACCAGCCCCACCGGACAGCAGCCAAGCGAUGGAUUUCCGGAGGACAGCAGCAAAGUACCCAGGGAGAAGCCAGGAGAUUGGAAGAUGCAGCCUCGUAAAAGGACUCAAACACUCCCUAACCGGAAAUGUUUCUUGACAUCAGCUUUUCAAGGUGCCAAUAGCAGCAAAAUGGAGAUCUUUAAAAAUGAAUUCUGGUCGCCUUCCUCAGAGGCUAAGGCAGGGGAAGGGCACAGGAGAACGAUGUCUCAAGACUUGCGCCAACUUUCUGACUCCCAGCGGACUUCCACCUACGAUAAUGUCCCUUCCCUGCCAGGGUCCCCUCGGGAGGAAGCCAGUGCACUCUCUUCACAAGCCUGUGACUCCAAGGGAGAUACUCUUGCCAGUCCGAGCUCUGAAACUGGGCCUGGAAAAAAGAACUCUGGAGAAGAAAAACUUGAUUCUUUGCAGAGGACGGUCCAAGAGCUACGAAAGGAAAUAGAAACACAGAAGCAAAUGUAUGAGGAACAGAUUAAAAACCUUGAGAAGGAGAAUUAUGACGUUUGGGCUAAGGUGGUGAGGCUCAAUGAAGAACUGGAGAAUGAAAAGAAGAAGUUUGCAGCCCUAGAGAUCAGCCUCCGCAACAUGGAGCGCUCCCGGGAGGAUGUUGAGAAGAGGAACAAGGCCUUGGAAGAAGAAGUCAAGGAAUUUGUCAAAUCCAUGAAGGAACCCAAGACCGAGGCUUAAGGAUCCCAGGAGUACUGCAAGGACAGCCCGAGAGAGGCCUAACUCUGACCCCUUUCUCAGUGCUACCUGAUGACGGGGAUACAAAAUUACUCUCUGAGAGGGAAAGGAUAUUUUGAGGGAAACAUUAAAUUUCUCCAUAAAUAAAUGAAUAGAGUUUGCAGGAAGGUGAGGGUGAACAGAGAUGUGUGUGGACAUCUCUGACCGUCCAUCGCUGUAUUCAAAUGGAUUUUGUUAUUCCACUCCAGUCUCAGGCAUGACCAUGUCCAACGAAGACAUUCAAGGCAGCACAUUUCAGGACCCAGGCAAUAGACUGGCCCCAACACAGGCUGAGCUGAGGUGUGAUUAAUUCUUUGUUUUUUGUGUGGAACAGCUCACCUUGUCAGACAGCCUCAGGGCAUCUCUGAGACACAGGGGCAGAAAAUGACAUUCAUCUUUUGAGUCCUCAUCCACGGAGUGCUGUGUUUGGGGGGCUAUAUCUGCUGAAGCGAGAACCCCAUUUUUCCACCCCACCAUGAUGCCCGUUCUCCAGGUCUUCUCCAACUUAUUAUUAGGCUAAACCAGAACAAGCAACAAACUGUAUUUAUACAAGCAAAAUUGAUGAGAAAAUUAUAUUCAAAUAAAGCAAAAAUUAAAAAGCAAGGCUAUUGCUAAUCCAUACAGCACGUUUGUGAGAAUUAGCACAAGACAUUGCUCCCCUGGGGUAGAUGGCUUGCUGAGCAGGGCAUGGGCUGCAUUUCAGUCCCGACUUGCCUUUCAGGGACAGGUGUUUCUAUACUUCCUGAGCCCCCAUUUCUUCUGUAUUUCACACAAUUGCUGUGGGGAUUACAUGAGAAGAUACAAUCUAGUCCCUACUUGCUUUUUAAUUGUGGAUGGAGGGCCUGGGAACAAAGGCUUCCUACUAUGAUACGAUUUGUUGUGGGUUUGUACAUUAAUUGUCAUGAUAAUAGUUUCUUUUUUCCUGUUUCACCAAAAUGCAAAUGAUUUUACCCUUCAAAGUGACAACAGGCACUGGAUGAUGGUGGGAGAGGGGCUUUCCCAGUGGACAGUUGAUUCUUCCCCUUCUAUGUCAAGCCAGCCUGGCAGAGGCCCUGGUCAGGCCCCGGACCUCUAGGUAGGUUGGUUGAGUCCUUUUUUGUUGUUACCAUUCUAAUUAGAUGGUCUCCAAGCUCUUUUGACUGGGUACCUCAUCAACAGAAAAUGUUUGAGCAUACACCCCGCAAUAUAUUUAUUUAUAAAUUAUAUACAUGUACUACUAUAGUACUCCAUAAUGUAUAUUAUAAAACACACAGAACAGGAAUUGAAUAAUAAUGAGAUAAAAACAAAGAUCAAUAGAUAUUCCCAAGUGUGCUUUCAGCUCUGGAGACCCCUGACCCAGUUGCCCAGCAGGUAUUACCUGUAUCAAAUUUACGUCUUUCAUCCCAUUGCUCCCAUAAAUGUGCUUGAACUCUUGAAGCCCCAUGGCUUAAUUAGUGGUUUGGAAUCUAUGGUUGCCUCAGUGAGAGUUUAGCCUUCCCCAGCACGUGGGCCUCCUCUGUCAUUCCUUUUUCUGUCUUCUUCAUUCUGGUCAGUCCUGCCUUCCUAUGGCCAUGACUUAUUACCCAUAGAGUGAAAGUACAGACAGGAGCAUCAAUGUUUCUUGGUCCCACUACUCAAGGCCUGCUCCACCAACGCCAGCCCCUUUGAGGACCA